AUUUUUUUGUUUUAUUCUGGAAGGAACUUGACUUUGAGUCGUAAACACACACAGUGAACAAUAGUGCUAUUCAUCUUCUGCUUUUAAAAAAUAUUCUUUUUUUAAACUUGUGUUUUUGUUGCUCCUGUUGUGUCAUGUAUCCUGUACACACACAGACAUUACUAUGGCUCUUGUUUGUGGGGAUGUGUGGGAUAUGCUGCUGUAAAGUUCCUUAAAGUGUAAAAAUAAUUUCAUAAACUGAACAUUUGCAGGUUAUGGAGACAUUAUGCGUGUAGCAACUACUGGGGCUUCAAUGAAAACAGCCCAGCAGGACAGGCUGGGAUACUCAGGUGUGAAGGCGUCACACACCAUGGCAGAGACUGAUCAGGGACGAAUGAAGAAGUACAAGUCCAUCAUCAGCAGUGUGGGAGGCAAAUAUGGAAUUGACCCUGCUAUCAUUGCUGCCAUCAUCUCCAGAGAGUCCAGGGCUGGAAAUGCACUACAUGAUGGCUGGGGAGACUAUGACGCAUCCAGAGAAGCGUAUAAUGCCUGGGGGCUGAUGCAGGUUGAUGUCAAUCCCAGGGGAGGUGGACACACUGCGCAUGGUGCAUGGGACAGUGAGGAGCACCUCUGCCAAGGCACAGAGAUCUUGAUUUAUUUUAUCCAACGGAUCAGCAACAAGUUUCCUGACUGGAGCAAGGAGCAGCAGCUGAAAGGAGCGAUAGCCGCCUACAAUAUGGGAGAUAAAAAUGUCCGUACCCAAGAACACAUGGAUGUCGGCACAACAGGUGGAGACUACUCCAGUGAUGUUGUAGCCAGAGCUCAGUGGUACAAAACUAAGUUUUUUAAAAGCUGAAGCUGUCCACAAGA